AUGUACUACAAGAUGUUGCAAUUCAUCUUACUAGCAACAGCUGUUGCCGCAGCAGCCAUCAGUGGCCCUUCAGCCAAUUCUAUCUCAUCUCGCCAAAUACCAAGUCUACCCGACACAUUCGAAUGGAGUUCCAGCGGAGUGCUCGUCAGUGCCAAAGACGACGGACGCAACAUAUCAGGAAUCAAAGAUCCCUCCAUCAUCUACCACAACGCCGCAUACCACGUCUUCGCCAGCACAGCCCAAGCAUCCGGCUACAGCCUCGUCUACUUCACCUUCACGGAUUUCGCGCACGCGAAUAACGCCACCUUCCACUACCUCGACCAAAGCGCAAUCGGCACCGGCUACCGCGCCGCCCCCCAGAUCUUCUUCUUCGAACCCCACAACCUCUGGUACCUGAUCUACCAGAACGGCAACGCAGCAUACAGCACCAACACCGACAUCUCCGACCCGAGCGCCUGGACAGCCCCCACGGACUUCUAUACCGGGACACCGGCUAUCGUGACCGCGAAUAUCGGCGACGGCUACUGGGUCGAUAUGUGGGUGAUCUGCGACGCUGCGGCCUGCCACCUCUUCUCCUCGGACGACAACGGACACCUGUACCGCUCGCAGACGCGCCUCUCCGCCUUCCCGGCCAACAUGAGCGAGCCCGUCAUUGCGCUAGCAGACACGAACAAGUACGCGCUGUUCGAAGCGUCGAACGUGUAUUCCUACGGACCGGAGCAGUACCUGCUCCUCGUGGAAGCCAUCGGCAGCGAUGGGAACCGGUACUUCCGGUCCUGGAACGCGAGUGCGAUCGAGGGGCCUUGGACGGGGUUGGCGGAUAGCGAGGCGGAUCCGUUUGCGAGGAGUAGCGAUGUUGUGUUUGAUGGUGCGGGUGGGGCGUGGACACGGAGUAUCAGUCAUGGGGAGGUGGUAAGGACGGAUGUUGAUCAGAGACUGGGCAUCUCGCCGUGCGGAUUGAGGUAUUUGUAUCAGGGACUCAACCCGAAUGCUACGGGGGAUUAUAAUAGUUUGCCGUGGAUGCUGGGGCUACUGACGCAGACUAACUCGGCUUGUUGA